UGUACUCAGCAAGUGUCUGACAGGCGGCGUGUGCGAUGCUCGACGCUCCCCGCUGCGGUCAGUCAGUCAGUCAGUCCUUCCGAUGGAUUACGACGCCAAGGUGUUCCCUUACUCGGGCGGCUAUGGACGCUACAACCGAAUCGUGGUCACGUGCAGCUGGUUCCCCAGUUUCGCCGUCAUGGUGAACCUGUUCAGCGACGUCUUUUAUACCGUCAUCCCGGACACGUACUACUGCAAACCGGACCCGCAGCUUCUUCCGUCCUCGUUCCACCUUAGUAACUUCUCCAAGUCCGCUUACUUGAACCUGACGGUCCCCUGGGUCAACGGUACCGGGCUCAGCCAUUGUGAACUUUACAAGUACCCGCCAAACUCCUCGGACUUUUCCGAAAGUGUACCCCGGGAGAGGGUGAGCUGUACCCGGGGGUGGGAAUACGCGCAUGUGUCUGGGCUCCGAAGCAACUUUGUAACCGAGUGGGACGUGGUUUGCAAUGACUACUGGAAAAUUCCCCUUCAACACAUCUGCUUCAUGACGGGAUGGAUCCUGGGAUACAUCUUCAUCGGUUCUUUGUGUGACUGGUUAGGUCGUCGACAGAGUUUUCUCCUGUCCAUCAGUCUAUCCAGUCUGUUUGGGGUGGCCGUGUGUUUCUCCAACAGUUCUGUUGUGUUUCUGCUGCUGCGUCUCUCGCAGGGUGUGAUGUUAGCUGGAGUCUUUUUAUCAUCCUACAUUGCGAGGUUGGAGCUAUGCGACCCUCCCCGUCGUCUCAUGGUUGCCAUGGUCGGCGGCUUCUUCGCCAUCUUUGCAGAGCUGCUGUUGCCAGGCGUCGCAGUUCUGUGUCGCGAUUGGCCGGUUCUCCAGGCUGUUACCACGUUACCUCUGCUCCUGCUCGUUUCCUAUUGGUGUUGUGCGUCACUUUUUCCUGAAUCCCCUCGUUGGCUGCUGGCCACAGCUCAGAUUCCUCAAGCAAAAAGGAGCCUCCAGGAAUUUUCGACGAGGAAUGGGGUGUGUUUGCCAGAUGAGCUUUUUCCUGGUGAAACUCUGCUGUCAGAGGUAGACUCUGUAUUCGAAGACGUAUGCCAACCGAGGUAUUAUUCCAUUUUGGCGCUGCGUCGGACUCGUGUCAUCUGGAAGAACUGCCUCAUUCUCAGCUUCACUCUUUUAAUUGGAACAGGCAUCCAGUACUGCUUCACCAGAAACCUGCACAUGUAUACCACCAACUUCUACUUCAGCUACUUUGUCAGAGUUGCCACGGGAGCCCUGGCUUGCGUUUUUAUCUGCUUCACCGUCAAUCAUUUUGGUCGACGUGGUAUGCUUCUUCUGUCCGCCAUCAUCACUGGACUGUCAUCGCUGCUGCUGCUGGCCCUCACUCAGUACUUGCAAGGAGGCCUGGUGAUGGUGCUCUCUAUCUUGGGUCUGCUGUUUUCUCAGGCUCUCGCUCUGCUCAGUGUCUUCUUUGCCUGUGAGGUGAUGCCCACGGUGGUGCGAGGGGGAUGCCUCGGCCUGGUGCUGGCGGCAGGCUGCGUCGGCAUGGGCGCCUCCUCCCUGAUGGAGCUCCAGAACAACGGCGGCUACUUCCUCCAUCAUGUGAUCUUCGCCUCUUUCGCCGUCCUCUCCGUACUCAGCAUCAUGCUUCUGCCAGAGAGCAAGCGCAAGCCGCUCCCGGACUCCAUAAAAGAGGGCGAGAACCAACGCCGGCCUCCGCUCUUCGUGUCUCAACCUGACAGGGUCAGCUUGCCGUUACUGCGCCAACGACCCCCGCUGUCGGAGUACAACCCGGACAACUACUCCCGCCUAGUCAGUGCCACCAGGAGAAUGUUGACGAAAGACAGUUUGCCUUACAGGAUAGCGAUGCCGACUCAUCGUUUGCUGUCUGACAGUGAAACGCAGGGACAGGACAGGGACGCAUCUUAAAUCAUCAUCAAAACCUCCUAAGACAUUUGCCCCCCCCCUCACUUAUUCUAUGAUACCCUCCAAUUUGACAGCAGUUUGUUGCGUGACAAAGACGUGUGUAGCUAACAAGCACAUAACCAUGGAUGUGCUGUUCGUCAUGUGAGCUGCAGCGCUUUGUCCAUUUAUGUUUGGAACUCAUGCACUUUUCAUUAAGUGGGACAGUGUGACUCGCCACUGGCUCCAUCACAGCCCUCACUCUUGUUUCCCAAAAGCAUCUGAAGAGGCCAGCGAACACACAAUGGGCCUCAAGAAGACGACUUCGCCAGUUCAAGCCGGGAACACUAGAGGGCGCCAAAGAUGCACUUAUAUACAUAAGAUAGUUUACCCAGAUACCUGAUUCAAUACACCUUGUUUUUUUUCCUCCACUAGAUGGCGCACUAGCCUUCAAUGCCACUAGUUUGCCUCAAUGUGGAAACACAACAAACUGGAUCACUUUUGAUCACUUCAUGUACUUGUGGAAGUGGCAAAUAUUCUAUAAGGUUAUCAGCGGGAUGAUGGUGCGCAAAGAUACUGAUAAAAGAAGAAAGAGUGGGAAAUCCACACCGUCCUAACCAUAGCUCAUCCUACAUGGGAUCAUGGGAACAUCAUCAUGGGAACAUCAUCAGGUUUAUUGCUGCUCAGAACGUCACAUAUGUGGUGAGUAGUCUCCAUGGCAUCAAACAUCAGGACAUUCCAUAGCUAAGUCAUUGCACUACAUGACCAUACGUGCUGCAAAUAUGCUUGAUGGAUCACCCUAUUGAAUAAUUUAUGUUAUAUUAUGAGCAUCAUAUAGAAUUACAGAUUGGAGACUCUGAUGUUACAUAUCUGUUUUACACGAUGUGACUUGAUGGAGUUUUAUGAAGCUGCAGUCCAGCACUGAAGAGCACAGAACUGCAUUUUAUGAAAACAAAAAAACGUUUUUUUAAUAAGAGAAUUUGCAGGUGCGUGAAUACUGGAUCAUGAUUGUUUGUGGAACCUUUGUAUUCCUAGCAUGCUCUUUACACAUUGUGUACAGCAGCAUUAACUAGUGUUUAAAAUCAUACGUCAUAUAUUAUAUGUUACGUUUAAAUGCUAACUAAAUUGUCAAUAGGUAUGAAUGUGAGUAUGAAUGGUUGGCGACUCUCCUCUUGCAUGAAUUCAGCUGGGAUAGGCUCCUGCAUACAACCACAACGCUAGUCAGGAUACAGUAAGUGGCAUAGAAUAUGACUGAAUGUUAUCUUUAAAGGCUGAAUUCAUUGAUUCUGACUUCCUAGAAUGUCAGAGUAAACAUACAAAUUAUACUAAUUAUAAUUAUACUAACUAUACAAAUAUCAGUUAUUCAGGACGUAAGGGAGACACCCAAACACAAAAAAAGUCGGAAACAAAAUUUUACAUCAAACACUAAUCUCCAAAUCAGACCAGGUGAAAGUACGAAGGUGCUGUGGAAAAUUGCUGUGGGUCCUUUGCUAAAAUGCAUACAUGGAAAAGGUCAAUAGGUCAUACUGAGACAGAGUACCUACUAAAUUAGAGCAAUGUCAGGCCCUCAAUGGUUAGCACGCAGGCCUCACAGCUAAGAGACUAGCUAGUUCUAUUCCGCCCUCGGGCAUCUCUUUGUGGAAUUUGCAUGUUCUCCCCAUGCAUGCGUGGGUUUUCUUCAGGUACUCAGCUAACAGCACUCGAUUCAUCACACUGCAACUUAAUACUCAAAAGGUGUAUAAACAAUACUAAUACUAAUUUAUACUGAUACUAAAAUACUAAUUUCGCAAAGGGGCGGCACAGCGAGGAGACCAGGGUUCAAUUCCACCAUCGGAGUUUGCAUGACCAGAAGGUUUUUUGGUAGAAUGUUAUUUUUCCGGCUGCGCGGUGGAAAGUGGUUGGCACGCAGGCUUCACGGCUAGGAGACCCGAGUUCAAUUCCACCCUCUGCCAUCUCUGUGUGGAGUUUGCAUGUUCUCCUCGUGCAUGCGUGGGUUUUCUCCGGGUACUCCGGUUUCCUCCCACAUUCCAAAAACAUGCUAGGUUAAUUGUUAAUUGUCCAUAGGUAUGAAUGUGAGUGUGAAUGGUUGUUUGUCUAUAUGUGCCCUGUGAUUGGCUGGCCACCAGUCCAGGGUGUACCCCGCCUCUCGCCUGAAGUCAACUGGGAUAGGCUCCAGCACACUCCGCGACCCUUGUGAGGAUAAGCGGUAGAAAAUGAAUAAAUGAAUUAAUUAAUCAAGCCCUCAAAAAACACAAUUAGUCACAAUUAGUCACAAUUAGUCACAAUGGCUUGCUGAAAGAAACAAUAAAACAGCUUUAAAAACGGGCUAAAUAGGGCAGCUGUACACAGUAACUGCUAGUGGUGUGUUUAUGGGAGCUGUGGGACUCUAACCCUUCUAAACUAAACCACCCUGUUACACGUGUGUCAAGCUCAGGCCCGGUUACCAAAUCCUGCAAAAUGUGUAAUUUUCCCAUUCUAUAGUUCCAAACGAUAUAAGAUACUGUAGCUUUUACUGGGAGGUGGUCCAUCAAAAAAUCACUUUACCGAAACAAACAACCACGGCAAAUGUCAAGUUCGGCCAUCAAAGUACACAUUGAGUUUUUCAGUUUGACACCCCUGCUCUAGUAAAUCUGAUACCUGUGAGAUCUCAACAGGAAUGUCCCUUCCUCUCCUCAGCACAAAGUACACCACCCACAAAAUCAUGACUACAACGUACCUAACCUUGGCUGCUGGUAGCAAACAUGGAAGGGGGUCAAAGGUUAAUGUCUGUCAUGACAUAAGUGUCUUCCCGCUCACAAAUCACAUCCUUAACCCAGGAUUAUGGUACCAAUUGACUGCACUGAUACACCCCCGAAUGGCACCGGCACCAAUAAAAUACAUGACAACACAAUAGUACAUAAUAAGGACCAAAAAACUACAAUUGUGGUUCCUUUUAUUUAACUGAAACAAUCAUGGCAACACGGUGGGCGAGUGGUUAGCACACGCAGACCUCACAGCUAGGAGACCAGGGUUCAAUUCCAACCUGGGCCAUCUCUGUGUGGAGUUUGCAUGUUCUCCCUGUGCAUGCGUGGGUUUUCUCCGGGUACUCCGGUUUCCUCCCACAUUCCAAAAACAUGCUAGGUUAAUUGGUGACUCCAAAUUGUCCAUAGGUAUGAAUGUUUAAUAAUAAUAAUAAUAAUAAUAUGAGUGGAUCUGUCUUGUCUUUUUCCAGGCGGAAAAUUAGAGCCCACGGUUUCUUCUGUAUUGGAAAAAAAUAUUGUAAGAAAACAACAGCUCUCUUUUCAAAUCUUACUGGAUAAAAGAAAAACAUAAAUGAAAUAAUAUUAGCCAUAUUAGCAAACAUAUCAGCUUAUCCAGCUUAAAAAUAGCACAAAAAUUAUAAUGUCAGGAAUGAAGAUAUUACCUCAAUAAACAAAAAAUAUCAAUAUGUUUACCGGGCAGCACGGCGGUCGAUUUAAAACGGUUUAAUUUUAAUUUUAAUUUUAAUUUUAAUUUUAAUUUUAAUUUUAAUUUUAAUUUUAAUUUUAAUUUUAAUUUUAAUUUUAAUUUUAAUUUUAAUUUUAAUUUUAAUUUUAAUUUUAGGGCGGCACGGCGGUCGAGUGGUUAGUGCACAGACCUCACAGCUAGGAGACCAGGGUUCAAUUACACCCUCGGCCAUGCGUGGGUUUUCUCCGGGUACUCCGGUUUCCUCCCACAUUCCAAAAAAAAAACAUGCUAGGUUAAUUAGCGACUCCAAAUUGUCCAUAGGUAUGAAUAUGCGAGUGUGAAUGGUUGUUUGUCUAUAUGUGCCCUGUGAUUGGCUGGCGACCAGUCCAGGGUGUACCCCGCCUCUCGCCCGAAGACAGCUGUAGAAAAUGAAUGAAUGAAUGAAUGAAACAAUCAUAAAAGUCAAGCAAAUAUUUAAAAAAUAUAUUAUAUUACUUUGUAUAUAUACAAAUAUAAUAUAACAUAUAAUAUAAAUAUUUACUUUGGCCAGACAUUUAAAUCAAAAUUCCAUUUGCUUAUUUGAUAAUCUUGGAAUACGGAAUGCCACAUCAACGGAUGACCUUUCCUUUACUUCCAUUAACAAAACAUCAAGAAAACCAGAAAAUUCCUGCCACUACCAGAUGUGACCUCCAGGUUGGAUUAUUGUAACUCAGUUAAUAGGUUACCCGAAGAAAUCUUUACAGAUCCUUCAGUUAGUCCAUAAAUACCAAAUAUUUCAGAAGUCGUAUUUUGCUGUUCUUCAUGAAGUGAACAGGAGGUGACAUGGCAAAGAUUUCACUCAUCAAUGAACGGCGUUUAAAGUCUCAGCUAACAUUUCUUUACGUUUUCACAAACGAUUCCUCGGUGCCUCUAAACUGCAGUUUUAGCAAUAAUCGUCAGUGAUAUAGUCAAGUCGUCUCUGAUUAUAGCUUUGGAUGUCAUAAACUGCACAGUAGCUUAACUUCCUGACUACGUCUGCAGCUGUAAAACAAUACAUGUUGGUUAAUGUUUAGCGAUGCUUUGGGCUAAAUGACCCAUUUGAGGACAUAAGGACAGACAAGGAUCUCACAUAACAACAUCCGUCUGUUACAACCACUCAAAUACUGAUUAAGCUCCUUUUUCAUGGAAACAAAUUUGCCCUGGAACCAGGAACUACCUGUGCAUAUGAGGUCCCCGGCCGCAUUGGUGGAACCAAAUUUUACCCAGUUCUAAGUUCCUGGAGUCUUCAGGUGGGGUUUGCAGUGUUGAACAUAUCUGAUUGGAUGACUACUUUGAUAUGUGCAACUGCAGACCAAAAUAGGUUUCAGGAAAUAUUGUAUAGCAGAAAAGGGCUUUGGUCUUAACAUCCUGGCCCAAUAGUACCAAUAUUCAAUGAGACCAUAAUUUCAUAAUUUCAGACCAUAAUUCAAUGACAACACUACAGAUUACUACAGAAAGUUUAACUUUUUAGAAGGUGUGUGUGCCAACUACAAUUGGUGUAAAAGUAAUGCCACAUUGUAACAAAAAAGUCAACCAACAGUAAAAUAUGGUGGUGGUAGUGUGAUGGUCUGAAGUUGUUUUGCUGCUGUCAGGACCAGUAAGACUUGCUGUGAUAAAUGGAACCAUGAAUUCUGAUGCUUACCAAAAAACCCUGAAAAAGAAUGUCCUGUCCUGUCCUGCCAUACUGUUUGUGACCUCAAGCUGAAACCAACUUGGGUUCUGAAGCAGGACAAUGAUCCAAAACCAGGAAGUCCACAUCUGAAUGACUGAAGAAAAAGAAAUGAAGACUUUGGAGUGACCUAGUCAAAGUCCUGACCUUGAAAAGGUGGUUCAUGCUGGAAAACCCUCCAAUGUGGCCGAAUGACAACAAUUCUACAGUUAAGUGGGCCAAAAUAAGAGACUCGUUGCAAGUUAUAGCAAAUGCUUGAUUGCAGUUGUUGCUGCUGAGGGUGGCCCAACCAGUUGUUAGGUUUGAGGGACUUUUUUCCACACAGUGCCAUGUAAGUCUUUUAUUA